UGUAUGGAGUGCUUGUUAAGAAUCAAAGCACCAUAACGGAAUUAAAAGUUUAUUGAAAUUAUUAACUAGAAUUUGGAUUUUCGUUUCGUGAACUUAGCUAUACAUAAUGAAGUGGUCAGUGCUGGUGCUGCUGGGCUUGUUAGCUGCAGCAAAAGCCGAAAUCACGGCUGGAAUUUGCCCUGAGUGGACCAACGUUGAAACUUUCGACAUCCCUUCAUACCUGGGCCGGUGGUACGAGAUGGCUCGUUUGCCGGUAGCGUUCGAAUUGGGCAUCUCCUGCGUGACCGUUGACUAUGGUCCCUUGAGCGAUACGAUGAUCACGGUCACUAACAAUGGUGAUCUUGGUAACGGAAUAGUGACGGUGGAAGGUACAGGUACCGCCACAAACGUCACAGGCCAACUCAUGAUUAAUUUGAACGGUGAAGACGUUGGUUUAUAUAACGUCAUCGACACAGACUACGUCACUUACGCCUGCGUCUAUACCUGCGAGCAGCUCGGGGACCUGAAGGACGAGACGGCGUGGGCGUUCAGCCGCACCACCUCCUACGACCCUGAGACUCGAGACAAGGUGGAGGCGGCAUAUACGAAGUUUGGCAUCGAUGUCACCAAGUUCCACAUCACGCCGCAAGGGGGCGACUGUGUCUACGCUCCUCUGCCCUGAACUUAUUAUAAACAUUAGAAUUUCAUUCUUAUAUCUAUUAUUUAUCAAAAUCUUGAUUAAAGCGUAACUAAAUAAUUUUUCUAU